GCAUGAACGAUGCAUAAACACUUGCCCUGUGCUAGUACAGACUUUUCAGCUGUUGCCUCAUUUAAAGGAACGUUUUAAAGUAAAUAAAGUUAAAUUUAUAAAACAUAUAUAUAUACUAUAUAUCUUAUAUACUAAUCAAUAUCUAAGAAAACCCAAAGAUAUUUAUCUCAAAAAACCCAGCAAACGCUGACUAACCUUUCUACAAAAAUCACUUUCUAACUUUUUACGUUGACCAUCAUCAAAUCGAUGGGAGAUUUCCUUACUAAUUCUUUUCUAAUAUUCAAAUCAAAAAAUGAAAAACCAACGAAAGGGCAGCGUUACAGGGGAAAUACUUCGUGAUCUCUACGAGAGCUGGUUAAUAUUGGUCACUGGAUUACUGGUCCAUUGGAAUCAAUGGCAUCUCUUGGCCUGCGAUCCUGUAUCACCAUUGGAUCCGCUUAACAAAUGCCCUGCAGGCGAUAAUCAACGCUGGUCGAGAAUCUUCUUUGGCGGCGGAACACUUUUGGCCAUUGUACAGUUUAGACCCUAUUGGGUACGACGCUGUCGUCAUCGUGUACGCUUUCUAAUGCUUCUGGCCGAGAUGAUGUUGAUGCUGCAGUUAACAGAGUGGUUAGAUCGUCAGAUAUGGCAUCCCUUCUUGGGCCUCAGCCGGGAGCUGUUCUGUGCCUUGGGACGAGCUCAAUGGGGCUCCUGGAUCUUUAGCUAUAUACCAGGCUUUAGCUCGAUGCUCUUGAAUGGCUAUGCUUUCGAUAUCUUUCGACUGAUCUCAUCGUUUGUCAUCUUUGUGGCAGCUCUGGAAACGACAGCCUCUCACUGGCGUAUGCUGGUGGACUUUCUAAUGAUCGGUUAUCUACCAGAAACCUCAACACGUAGACGUAUCCUUCGGGCGCAUUACAAGCAAAAGAAUCUUGAGCUUCGAAUAAGCGGCAAGCCGCCAAAUCCAUCGCCAGAGGUUGUCAUGUACAGACGGAUUUGCUAUAUCUGCUUGCAGCACAUAAAUUCAGCUCACUAUGAACUAGACUAAACUCCCUAGGAAAUCUUAGUAGAAGACUUCAAUUUUGGCCAAUAUAAUAUUUUAAAUUCCGAAUAUUUUUGCAAAUUUUUCCAUAAAUUGUUACUUUCGAUAAUAUUCAUCGUGUUUGUGAUUUUUUUUCUAAAUUUAAAAGCUUUUUUUAUAUUUCCUUAACCACUGGUUAAGAGAAAGCCUAGAAAACUUCUGGGCAAAUAUAUUUUUUAAAUCUCUUGGCAUUGCUUAUGAUC